AGCAGCAAUUGCCUACCAGUACCAUGGGUUUUUCUAAGGGAGUUAAUAGCGGUCUUCUACAAGCUGCUUUAACUGUUUUCAUGUUAAAAACAGCAUAUUCCAUGAAUUAUAAUUAUUUGUCUUCAACAAACAGCAGUGUGGCCUUUUCCUCUAAUUGGAUGACCAGCGAAGUUCCACAGUUCUCUGACCAUUUUACGUACCCAAACAAGCCUUCCAGCACAGUUCCACAGUUCUCUGACCAUUUUACGUACCCAAACAGGCCUUCCAGCACAGUUCCACAGUUCUCCGACCAUUUAACAACGUACCCAAACAGGCCUUCCAUUACAGUUCCACAGUUCUCUGACCAUUUUACAACGUACCCAAACAGGCUUUUCAGCACGGUUCCAGCAAGAAGUUUCAGCACACAACGAACCUCUACUCUUCAACAAGCUUCAUCAAGCACCUCGCUUUUCAGCCAGGGAAUUACAUCUACGGUACCAUUGAACACUGGUAUAUCAGUACCAAGCAGUGAAAUCCUUCCAGCCCGCGCUACUAGAAGUGUUCAAGCAACGAGCAGUAUCAUUUUGAUGCGACCCAGAGUAACAUGUCAAGAGAAUCACAUGGAGAUCGAACUGGACAAGAACACAUAUUCUUACCUUAACUCAUCCGCCUUUCACCUCCGUGACUCGUCGUGCCAUGGCCAGGUCACUCAAAGAAGCAUCAUACUGUCAACACCUUUGAAUAGCUGUAUGACUAUCUCCAAGCAGACAGACGAUACCGUUACGUACCAGAACGAAGUGAGAGCUGAAUGGACUAUCAAGACAAACCCGAAUGAUACUGUCACCCGUCACGAUGCGCUUGUUCUGCCUUUUAACUGUACCUACAAAAGGAGGAAGUAUGUCAGCGUUUCUUUCAAGCCAAAACGUCGCGUUGACGCAGAGGAAGGAGCGUUUGGGAACUUCACCUUCCUGAUGGAUCUGUAUUCAGAUAACAGCUACACUCAUUCAUACAACAUUAGCGAUUACCCAAUCAGCGUGCAGCUAAACCAACGACUGUACAUCAAGUAUCAAGUGUUGUCUGAUAAAGCUGAUCUGCAUGUGUUUGCUGAGAAGUGCCUAGCAACCACCACAACUAGUGAGUCAACCACGCCUAGUUACGUAUUCCUCGACAAUGGCUGUAACGUGGACAAAACAAUCAAUUACAACUACGAACCGAACAGAGAGCAAAACUUUUCCAUCCAAGCCUUUCGUUUCAUUGCUAACCAUCCAGUGGUGUAUCUACAUUGUCUUCUUCUGGUCUGUCACACCACCUACAAUACCUCCAAGUGUGCUGUCGGUUGCCAGAACAACCGAGUGAGGCGUGACAUGUCACGUGAUGCUCAGGAAUCCAAUCUGUAUCACCUGUCAUCUGGACCAAUCACUCUUAAGAGGACCAUAAAAUCAACACCAGACAAAACCACAACUCCAGGCGUUACUGUAAUAGCGCUAUCCUCGGCAGUGGGCAUGUUACUCAUUGGCUGCUUUGUGCUUCUGGUUCUGCUCCGGCGCAGGAAAAAGCAAACCAGCAAAACUCAGGACGAAUCUCAGCCUACACAGUUGGAGGCUUACGAUAACCCAGGAGUCAACAGAGAAGACGAUCCCGCGGGUCUUAAGAUGUCAAAUCAACAAGACGAUGCGCUGUGAACUAGAACAUCUACCAUGCACGCUUUAUAUUGAUACAAAAUUUAUAUCGACUUAUUUUUGAAAUGCUUUUCUUGUUAUGCUGCUUUUUCAUAUUUCUCGUGGCGCUUUGCUUUUUGGCGGGUAAAUGGUCAAAAACCGGUCUUAAGAUUCUUUUAAAAACGUUCUUCAAUCAAACUUUUCUUGUAUCUGCUGGAUAAUUAUGAUCAGGUCAUUUUUAGUUGAAUUUUCCAUUCAAAGCAUCAAGAGGUUAAGUGUUACAGAAAAUGUAUUGACUCACGACGGAGUACUCGAAAUUUUUGUUUCUCAUACAUCUUUUAAAAUAUUAUGAGGUGUAUUUACAAAAUCGUCGUAUAAUGUGCAGUUUUCUCCCCCCCAUCCCCCCGGUUACCCCUCAAAACUGCAAUGUACUGAGGAAUGUGAAAUGGUCAAUUCAUUUGCUUGUAAUGUAAUGCCAAAAUACCUUAUGAUCUUUCCCUUUGUCUCGAUAACAAUGCUAUACGAAUUCUCUUUUUUUUUACUAUUUAAAUAUUUUGAGCUCUUUAGGUGUCAUAAGAAGGCGAUGACAUUUAGGCAAUAGGAACUACGAAAAGAAUUAAAGAAUUCUCAGUGAUUUCUGCGCAAACGUUAGUUUUCGGUAAUUUUAUCAUUCUUUUAAUUGAAUAUAAAUAACCGAAGACCAUACUCCCAGACCCGAAUGCUGAAGCGUCGUAUGGCAGCGCAAAGCAUUUACGGCUAUGCCAGAGAUUUCGACCCCGACACCGCUAUCCCCGGGAGGACUUACAGCCUGGUCAGGAAGCUCGGCAAAAGCCUAAGGGAGAGGUUAGUCGGCCCCUAGAGCGUAAAUGAUUAACCCCUUGCUAUGACCAGCAAACCCGACAUGUCAUUUACGUUCCUGACCACUAAACACCCAUAGUUACCCCUUUCCAUGUGGGAUGUGUUUUGAACAACUAAAAGGCUAGCCCUGACGUAUCCGAGUAGUUUCUGCGCAAACGUGGAGUUUAAUUUCGGCUGAAAAAGCGUUACCAAAGCAAAGAGGAACAAUUUCUGCACGAACACCAGUUAUGUAUGAUUAGAACGUUAUAUCCAUUGACAAGUGCAGCCUCGUAUAUCAUAGUAUAUGUACCUACAAAUAAAAAAGAAAGGUAAACUUA